UUUGACUUCUGAUCGUAGAAUGCCACGAGCUUCAAUCCGGCAUCGGCCGACACGACUAAAAGAACAGAAUGCCGGCUCGGAUUGUCGCCGGGAAAGUGAUCCGAAUACUUCAGAUAUCCGUAAAUAUGUAUCUUCCGUAUCGCGGGACUCUGUUCCAGUGGAACGUGAAAACUCAGCCUUGGGUUCGUGCACGGAGAAACGUCCCCGGACUUAUUCCGGAGAUAAGAUGGCUAAUGAGUCAAAGCGGAUGAAGAGCGAUGGUCAUCGAGACAAGACAUCUCAGGACUCCGGUUACAUCUCGGAAAUGUCCACGAUUUCUUGCGCAGAGCUCUCAACAUCGUGUCACACGUCCUCUCUUACUACUUCCCCUUCUCAUGCCUCUUCUCACGCUUCGGAGCAUGAAGACGAAGACAAUGAAUGGAAUCUUUUGAAAGACAGCGACCGGGUCUCCCAAAUAGCUAUCGAAAUGUUCUCCUCCUUCGGAUGGGGAGACUGUGAACAAGUCACUAGGUUCAUCUCACAGAAAGAAGAAAAGUACAAGCUCUUGCGGGAUCCGAACAUGAUGGAGUACCACGACGAACUCGAGCCGUACAUGAGGGCUAUUCUUCUUGACUGGAUGAUCGAGGUCUGUGAAGCCCAUCGCCUUCAUAGAGAAACGUAUCAUCUGGCAGCGGAUUAUUUGGACCGAUUUUUGUCAGCUUCUCGAGACGUGCCAAAGAGCCAGUUGCAGCUUUCUGGAGCGACUGCUUUGUUCAUUGCUGCCAAACUUGAGGAAGUCAUGCCUCCUCGGGCCCAGGAUUUUGCGUACGUUACUGACGGAGCUUGCACUGAGGACGAAAUCCUUCUCCAUGAACGCACAAUGACUCUGGACCUGUUCUUGCAAAUCGGCACAGGCAGAAAAGGAAAAGUGGAGGAAUUGCCCACGAUUCCGAACGCUUUGCCUUCAGAUAUUGUUGAGCUGAGUCGCUUGAUCGAGUUUUCGCUCAUGGAUCUUCGAUGUCAUCAGUUCUCCUAUCGUCAAGUCGCAGCCAGCGCCAUUUACUUGACGAAAAACGCUGAAAUGGCCAUUCGUGUUUCAGGUUUGAAAUACGAGGAUCUCAGGGAAUGCAUCACGUUCAUGGAGCCUUUCUUCGAUGUGAUUCUUCAAAACGGGCCUGCGAAGUGCCACUUCUUCGAAAAUUAUCCCCGCAAAACGGCCUAUGUCCUGCAGACAAAGAACACCAAUUACAACAUGGUGGACGCGGUGUGGAAGUCGUUGGCUGCCCAAGGUUUCAAGAACUUCGGAUACAAGUCUGAUACGAAGAAACGAGCUGCAGUCCGUUGAGGCUUCGACGUGAAUAGGACGACAUAAUUUCAGGUCAUGAUUUGUAGCCUCGGAAAUAUUUUUUUUAUAUGCUCUCUGUGUGACUUGAAUUUUGUACUUAUUUAAAUGUGUACAUGCGUGACUCGUUCAACGAUUUUCGUGGCAUGAUUUUUUUUCCAGCGUCUGAGCUCUUUGUAAUUGCCGCAGAAAAGCAAAGUGAUUUAAUCGACUUACGUGAUACAUUGUUCAAAGAAGGCUCAAUUUGCGGUAAAAGCUCGGUAGAGAAGGUUUUGAUCCUUGCUGGCAUUUUGAGUUCGUUCUCAGGUUCGAAUGUAAAAUGAUGAUGUCGUCUAGUCUCGCGCUGCUGACCGACCAGAAGUUUAUUGCUGGAACCGGGGGGUUGCGAAAAGAAAAAUUUAGAAAAGAAAAAUGGAUCGUAUUUUGAUGUGAGGAGCCGAAGGACUCGAAGUUCCAGGUGUUCGGACGUGUGCAUACCUUGUAACUUUUUUUUCCGAGUUGGGUGUGACUCCAAAGGCUGUUUUUUUUUUUGUCUUACUUCGCUGUCGUCGUAACUGACUGGUAUACUAUUGAAAAGGAGGAGAAGGCGUCUCCGAGGUUUUUAUUGAGUUGGACUUCAGAAUGUAGAUGAUGCGUUUCUUGGCCGACAUUUUUUUUCCUACUCGUUUUGUGGAUCAGCUGAAUAAAAGAUGUCCCAAGUAUCUUCAGUCAUGUACGUGUGUCUUGUUUCCAUUAUGGACUAUUUCUCCUGCCGCGAUGAAUUUACCUAUAAAGUGAAACAUUCC